AUGAAAUUUAUUUUCUACUUGACUAUCCUUGCUGGGACAUCUUUUGUCACCCAAUCAUCUGUGCAGAAGGAAGACCCUGCUCCCUAUUUGGUUUACCUUAAGUCCCACUUCAACCCGUGUGUGGGGGUGCUCAUCAAAACCAGCUGGGUUCUGGCCCCAGCUCACUGCUAUUUACCAAAUCUGAAGGUGAUGCUAGGAAAUUUCAAGAGCAGAAUCAGAGAUGGGACAGAGCAGACCAUUAGCCCCAUCCAGAUCAUCCGUUACUGGAACUCCAGCCACACAGCGCCCCAGGAUGACCUCAUGCUCAUCAGGCUGGCUAAUCCUGCCGUCCUCAACCACAAAGUCCAAACCAUUCCCAUUGCCUCUAGUGAUGUCCAGCCAGGCACUGUCUGCAUGCUCUCAGGUAUCGACUGGAGCCAGGAAAACAGUGGCAGACAUCCUGACCUCAGACAGAACCUAGAAGCCCCCGUGAUGACCGAUGCAGAAUGCCAGAAAACAGAACAAGGAAGAACCCACAGGAAUUCCCUAUGCAUUAAAUUCGUCAAAGUAUUCAGCCGAAUUUUGGGGGAGGUGGCAGUUGCUACUGUCAUCUGUAACAACCAGCUCCAGGGAAUCGAAGUUGGACACUUCAUGGGAGGGGACGUCGGCAUCUACACCAAUGUCCAUAGAUACAUAUCCUGGAUUGAGAACACCACUAAGGACAAGGAAAAGUAG